AUGCCUGAGGAGGGUGUUAAAUUAACACCCUCUUCUGACCAGUUAACCAAGGAAGAAAUUAUUCGCCUUGCUAAACUAUUUGCGUUUGAAGGAGUAAAUAAAAUAAGAUUAACUGGUGGUGAACCAACAAUUAGAAAAGAUUUGGUAGAAAUUGUUAGUGAAUUGUCUAAAAUUGAUGGAAUUCAAGAAAUAGGUAUUACAACAAAUGGGAUUGUUUUAAAUAGAAUGAUUAAACCUUUAAUUGAUGCUGGAUUGACUAAUUUAAAUGGUUGGGAUAUUUGGGAUGAAUUAUAA